AUGGAGAACAACUCUCCAUCCGAUGCGUCCUGUUUCACCAGGUCUCGUGGAGCUUCACCGUCGGGCAUAGCGGGUCUUACACCGUUCUUCUCGGAUCUCCAGGGUAUAUUGCCGCUCAGUUAA